AGCAGCGGGGGUGGGCGACACUGCGGAGCGUGUCUCGCAGACCGGGUGUGGAGGGCGCACCAGCCACGCAGUGGGUCUGCUGAGUGCGGGCUGACGUUGGACUGGAACAUCGGCUGUUGGAUCUGGGCACGUGAGCGGCGGCUACCCUGCGAUCCAUCAUGACCGCGCCCACGCUGGAGUCGCAGUUCAAGAAGUUCUGCGGCUUCGGCAUCACCCACAGUCAGGCGUCGGCGUCGCCGGUGACGCAGAUCACGCUCUCCAACAUCGACAAGUGGUUCAAGCAGGCGGGCGUGUUCACCAAGAGCCUCACCACCACGGACACUGGCAUCCACUUUGGGAAGCUCAAGCAGAAGAAGGUCGGCUUGAAAGACUUCAAGACAUUUCUGGCUGACCUAGCAGCGACCAAGAAGGUGGACCUGGACGAAAUACAGACCAAACUGACCGACUGCGGUGAUCCAGGAACAAAGGGAGCCACGAAGGCGGUCACUACCGGAGCGGUGGGCCGCCUGACCGACACCAGCCGCUACACCGGCCAGCACAAGGAGCGCUUCGACGAGACGGGCAAGGGCCGCGGCAUCGCCGGACGCGAGGACAUUCACGGCAACGACGGCUACGUCCAAGGCUACAAGGAGAAGGACUCUUACGACAAGACACACUGAGCGGCGGCGGCGGGGCGGCGCCGGGCGGCCGCGCGUCAGGCGGGUUAGGUCGACUCCUCGCUGGUCUCGUGAUGAGGUCGUGCUGGUUCUGGCGCGCCGCUCGAUGUCAAUUGGUGCGUGCGGCUGCUGACUGAUUGCAGACUAUCGUCGCUCGUCUGUGCUGCUAAGAUUGUGUAGCGCGGGGCCAAAUGUGACCUCUCGUUAGCGAACUCGUGAUUUUUCUGCCUUCAUGUCCUGUCCGCCUUCGUAGAGUCGUGGCUUGGCGCUUUUCGUGCUGCCGGCAGCCGUGCUCUGUGCCAGGAGCGCCGACAGCAUUCAGCGCCUGAGGGUCAGCCGGUGAUCUGGCAAGGCCAAACCGAUACCCGAGAGGGGCACACCGGUCA